GGAAGGGACUUACAGUUGCGUCAUGGGUCUCUGGCUAGUUGGCCGGCAUGAACGAUUUGAUUGAUAAUAUUAUUGCUUGUCAAAAUGCGACACCAAGCCUUUGCACCGAUCUUUUUAAUCUUUCUGGUUGUUUGCACAGUAUCCAUAGCUUCAAGUUUUCCUCUUCGCAAGCGUCUUCCGCGUCCGUUUGUCGAUCUACCUCACUUACGGCACGAACAACGCCUACAAGAGAACGGUGAACUGAAGCAGUGGCUUCAAAAUCAACAACCCAUAAUGACCCCUAACAUCGCUAUGCCGCCUGAAACAGGCACUACUGGGGGAAGCAGGCAGCCGCAGAAUUCCGGCAGUGAUGGCCUUGUGAUAUCCGAUGUUCUUCCUAAAAACCGUGGCAUCAAUAUCUUUGCUUCUCUUACAAGGGAUUUCGAGCCCAUCGAUUCUCGCUUCAACGACGCAACAAAGAAUGUAACCGUCCUUGCUCCUCGCAACAGUGCAGUCCAAGGACUUCCGCGUAAGCCUUGGGAGAAUCCGGAUGACUAUGCACAGUUCGGAGAGGCAAAGGCCUAUGAGGGGCAGGAAGGGCAAGACCGAGCGAAAAGCAACCUGAAACGCUUUGUAGAGGCCCACAUAGUACCCAGAAGCCCCUGGAACGAAGGGGACGAAGUAAAAACUCUCGGGGGAGACAAGUUGAGCUGGACAAAAGAUGGAGAUAAGAUCUUUAUCCAACCGGGAAAUGUUGAGGUUGACAGUAUUGCAGAACAAGUAUCCAAUGGUGAAGUAUGGAUCUUGAACGGCGUGAUCAAUUACCAUUGAAACUUGCUUUACAACUCGUACAUAAUGAUGUGACGAAUAGAUAUACAGAAAUGAUCUAACCGCUUGCUGGUGUAAUUUGAGUCAAGAAACGGCAUGCACCUGUCCUUAUAAUAACAUAUAUCACUGUAAUGUUUCCUGAAGAAUCGUUUCAUAAUUACUCACAUUAUGCAGUAGAAUUUUAAGCGGACAUC